AUGCUCACGCCCGUCCAGCAUGUAGAACACCUUCUGCUCGAGGGUUUGUCGCACCCCAACACACAGGACGCAGGUAUACAUGAACGAGUGCUGGCUCUGCAUCACCUGCUCCGACCUCAUUUUGAUACGCCUGUUAACUUCGUCUGCGAUACGUGCGAGGGGAAGACGCUCAUCCGCUGCCAGGGAUGUACGCGGCCGUUCCCGCAGCCGUGGUUCUACGGCCACAAAAGCGGCGAGUACACGCCUCUUGCGCGCUCGGCGCCGCUCGCGCUGACCCCUUCGCACCCAGACACUUUCCUGUGCGUGAUGUGCAUGGCGCACGGCGUCCGAGUGACCGCCGGACGUCCGGACCGCGCACACGUUUACACGCAUCCGAUGGUCAAGUUCACGCUCGGCCACGACCCCAACGCGCCUGACGACCCGCGCGCGGGCGACGGUGCGAGCGAGGACGCGCGGACGCAGGAGCGGCGGCUCGCCGCGCUCGAGGACGGGCUCGCGUCGAUGGGCACGCGAUUCGAGCGGCUGGAAGAGCGGCUGGCAGCGCUGCAGCGGGAGUUGGAGGAGCGUGCGGAGCGGUACCAACGCGAGUUGGAGGAGCGGCUCGUCGCGCGAUUCAGCGAGAUCCUGGUGCGCGCGCUCGCGGCGGCUUGCGCUAACGUCUAA